AUGGACACACGGUGGGUAAUCCUUAUUGUGGUCCUCUUUGGUGGUGCUGUGGAGCUAUCAACAGCAGACGGCGGUGAGGACGAUGGGCCGGGCAUACCGCCUGCAAUUGUUGGUGGCACUGAUGCCGCAGAAGAUGCGUGGCCAUGGCAGGUGCUCCUCCUGUACCGCAAUACGUUUUCCUGUGGAGGCACUCUUUUGAACGCCAACACCGUACUCACAGCGGCUCACUGUACCUACCGGGGCAAGAAAAAGAAGUUCAGGGUAGUUGUCGGAGAAUACGACAGAGGUACGAACGAGAAGGAUACGAGAGGCGAAAAGAAGUUGAAAGUGAAAAAAAUUAUCGAGCAUCCUGAUUAUGACGGCGAUGUGCUACACGAUCUGGCAAUCAUGAAGUUGAAAAAACCUGUGACGUUUAAUACCUACAUACAACCUAUUCCUGGAUUAGCUGACGACAGCAUGGAUCUUAUGAGCAGUACGUGUUACGUCACCGGUUGGGGAGCAUUCAAAGGACCAUCAAGCUCGGCCAGAAUUCUGCAGGAACUUCAAACGCCCGUGGUGACAAAUGCACAGUGCCAGACCGGUAUCAACGACGGCUAUCUAAUCACCGAUGACAUGAUCUGUACCGAUUCGGAACCGAAAGGCUCCUGCUAUGGUGACAGUGGCGGUCCUCUACAGUGCUCUGUAAACGGAACCUGGAUACAUGCAGGAGCCGUGUCGUGGGGUAAUGAGAAUUGCCGCGACGGGCCGUCCGUUUACGCAAGGACUUCCUACCACAGGGACUGGAUCUUGGCUAACAUGUAG